AUGUCUCCCUACCUAGCUCUCCCCAACGAACUCAUCAUCCUCACAGCCCGCGGCCUCAAUCCUAAACAGCUCUCCUACCUGAUCCGCGCCAACCGCCAUCUCUUCGAGCUCCUCAAGCCCGAGCUCUACCGCCAUGCAACCCUCACCCAAUUCUCCGACAGCGCGUUCUUCUGCGCCGCCGCGACGGGCAACGAGCUCCUCAUCCGCACAAUCCUCGCCCAUGGCCACGAGCAGAUGGUGGUCAAGACCCGCGCCGGACAGGUGCUCCACAAGUGCCCGGGCGAGUGCGACGACGAGGUUCUGCAGACCGUGAUAGCGGAGGGCGCAAACAUCGUCGUCAGCAAUUGCCGCCGCGAUUUCUCCAGCUUGCAAGCCUUGAUACCGGACGGCCCAAGUAUCGCGGUCAGCAAUUGCCGCCGCGACCUAUCGGGUCUACAUUGGGCAUGCCGCAAGGGGAGCAACCCGCUGCUCAAGAUCUUCCUAGAGUCCGGCGCGGACUCAAUGAUCUUGGACACAACUGGCCGGACGCCGCUGCACAUGGUCAAGAACGGCGAGGCCGCCCGGCUCCUCAUACAGCACGGCGCAGACCCCAUGUACGUCUCCCACGACACCCCCAACAUCAUGACACCACUGGAGAGCGCCGUCCAGCUCCGGAAAUGGGACGUCGUCAAAGCCAUGCUCGAAGUCAUCCCUGUGCAGUUACGGCACCAGUCCGGAAAAACCUCCCUCCACAUCGCCGCCGAACUCGACGAUGAAGUCCUCGCCCAGCACCUCCUCGCCAAGGGCGCCGACCCGGCCAUCAUGGACGACAACAAGAACACUGCCCUCCACCUGGCAGUCCCACACAAGAAUGCAAAGCUCGUCCGUCUCCUCCUCGAGCACGGCGCCGACCCCACCAUCCGCAACAAGUACCACCAAUCCCCCAUCUUCCUCGCCCACCGCCGCUCCUUCAACCCCGUCUACCGCCUGCUCCUCCGCUACUCGCGCACAGACUACCUCACCAAGCAGCGCCGCACGCUCCUCCACCUCGCCAUCGAGCCCAAGAACUUCCACCAGCCCCCACCGCCGUCCAUCCUCGACAACGAGGACAUCACCCUCGUCAAGCACCUUAUCGAGAAGGGCGUCAACAUCAACGCACAGGACGCCACCGGCCGCACCGCUCUCGCAAUCUGCACACAGUACGGCUGCGAGGUGCUCGUCAAGCUGCUGCUCGAGAAGGGCGCCGACCCGAAUAUCGCAGAUCUGCACCAGACGACGGCGCUACACAUUGCCGUGCAGCCGUGGAGUCAGCGGUUGGUGGGCGCGCUGCUGGCGGGCGGGGCAGACGUGAAUGCGCAGGAUGCGGACGGGAGGACAGUGUUGCACUUGGCAGCAAUGAAAGACAUGAGCUCGCUGCUGUCGGUGGUGCUGAAGCGGGGAGCGGACAUUAAUAGACGGGAUAGGCUGGGGCAGACGGCGCUGCACAUGUGUGCGGUGUAUGAUGGCAAGAAGGCGAUGAAGGUGCUGCUGGACGCGGGGGCGGAUAGUGAGGCGAGGGAUAGUAAUGGGAGGAAGGUGCCCGAGUAUAUGUUGAAGACGUGCUCGGAGGUGAUUAGUGGGCUGUCGUUUGGGAUGGAGAGGCUGAAUUUUGGGUAUCAGAGGGCGUUGUAG